UUUAUUAUCUGUUAGACUUUAUGAAAGGAGGGAAAAGGAAACAUUCUAUAACUUUGACAAUAAGUUUUAAAAGUUGACUUCUGUCUUCUAAUCGAAUUUAUUUUUAAAACAACUUAUAUAUAACGUCAUAUACAUAAAUUUUAUCCUAAUAUACAUGUAUAUGUAGUAAAAUAAAUAAAAUUAGUUCAGUGAGAUGACUGCUACGGCAUCAGCAACUACUGCAACCAUUGAUGAAGAUUUAGAUGAGUGUGGACCACAGCUGAUCAAUAAAUUAGAGGGGAAUGGAAUUACAUCAGGCGAUAUUAAGAAGUUGGAAGAGGCAGGAUAUCACACUGUUGAAUCGGUAGCAUACGCUCCAAAGAAAUGGCUUAUAACAAUAAAAGGAAUCUCCGAAGCGAAAGCUGACAAAAUAUUGACGGAAGCUUCGAAAUUGGUACCAAUGGGAUUCACCACAGCAACAGAGUUUCAUCAAAAAAGAGCUGAAAUAAUCCAGCUAACAACUGGAUCUAAGGAAUUGGACAGGCUGCUCGGAGGUGGCAUUGAAACAGGAUCAAUUACAGAAAUAUUUGGGGAAUUUCGAACAGGGAAAACACAGCUAUGUCACACACUUGCAGUAACAUGCCAGUUGCCAAUAGAACAGUCUGGUGGUGAAGGUAAAUGUAUGUACAUAGACACAGAAGGAACUUUUCGUCCUGAGCGUCUGCUGGCAGUAGCUCAGAGAUAUGGUAUGGAAGGAGCUGCUGUACUUGACAAUGUGGCUUACGCCCGAGCAUAUAACACUGACCAUCAAACACAAUUAUUAGUUCAAGCUUGUGCAAUGAUGGCUGAGUCUCGAUAUUCUUUGUUAAUAGUGGACAGUGCAACAGCCUUAUAUAGAACAGACUAUUCUGGUAGAGGGGAACUCAACUCGAGACAACUUCACCUCGGGAGAUUUAUGAGAAUGCUUCUAAGGCUUGCCGAUGAGUUUGGAGUAGCAGUAAUAAUAACAAACCAAGUGGUGGCUCAAGUGGACUCAGUGGGCGUGUUCAACGCGGACACUAAGAAGCCGAUCGGAGGUCACAUCAUUGCGCAUGCGUCCACCACGCGACUGUAUCUGCGCAAGGGACGCGGAGACAAUCGAGUCUGCAAGAUAUACGACAGCCCCUGUCUGCCGGAGACCGAAGCCAUGUUCGCCAUCAGUACCGAGGGCAUUACUGAUGCUAAAGAAUAGGAGUAUUACUAGUUAUUAUUAUUUAUAUACAAAAUAUAGUCCCACUAAACCAUUUGGUGAGACUUUGCGCAAGACCAUAGCUACUACUCAUCAGAUAUUCUAUCACCAAACACUAA